UAGAGUAGGGAACUACUUAGACUCGCUGGGCUUUUUACCAUCACCUGCGGUUUAUAGCGGUGCACACGCUGUAGCGGUUACUCCACACACUCCUGUGCAGAGGAGCGGGAAUUCUGCAGACAGCUGACAUUUGUAACGCAGGGAAACGUCAGCACUUUUAUACGCUCCAUCAUACUUUUAAUCAGCAACUUCCUUAAGUGCAGAAAGCAGUUUUUUCCUCUGGAUUUUUCUCUGUCCAAUCUGCUGGUUGAAGAUUUGCCUCCAUUACCCAUUUUUACUCAACCCAGAACAUUUGACGAGAAUGGAACAGCUCUAAUGACGUUAUAAUGGCCCGUACCUCUGAACCGUGAGUUUGUUGUAACGUGUUUUUUUUCCUCUCCGCCCGCUUUUACGCACAAAGAUGAGUUCGGAGAGGCCAAACUUUCUCUCUCAACCCGUGGUGAAGAACGUUUUCAUGUUUCGAAACGGCGAUCCAUACUACGAUGCUCGGCGGAUAGUGAUAAACCAAAAGAGGAUGUGCAACUUUGAAACCUUGCUAAGAGAGGUGACGGGCGGCAUACAAGCCCCGUUUGGAGCCGUGAGAAACAUUUACACACCGAGAGGAGGUCAUAAAGUUGACUGCUUGGAGAGCCUGAGGAGCGGGGAGCAGUACGUCGCUGCUGGGAGGGAAAAAUUCAAAAAGCUAGAUUAUCUACAGAUUGGCUCCAGGAAGAAGAAAAUGAUGCAGACCGUUCCAAUGCAGAUUAAACCAUUUCCACCAAAUAGAUUCAUUGUGUCAGCUCGAUUCCUGAAACCCAUCAAGGAGCCAUGCACCAUAUUUGUGGUGGCAAAUGGUGAUAUAUUGAACUCCGCAGUGAGGCUGUUGGUCCACCAGAGGAUACUGGGCCAGUUUGACAAGAUACUAGAAAUGAUUACAGAGAAGAUGGGUUUAAGAGUCCUCGGGGGAGUUAGAAGUCUCUUUACCUAUGAAGGCCAACAGGUGACUGAGGGGAAUCAGCUAGAGAGUGGUCAGCUUUAUGUGGCUGUGGGAAGAGAAAAGUUUAAGAAGCUUCCUUACAGUGAUCUGCUCUUCACCAAACCCAGAGGGACGAGGCGAGUCAGAGGAAUGAAAUCUUAUUCUUUGCCGCCCAUCUACAGGUUCUCAAAACAGAGUGAAAAUGGUAAGUCGAUGGUCCAGAGCAGUGACAGUGGAGAUGGAGAGUCUCCUAAGGCCUCGCCUCCAAGCCACAACAAGGAACACCUGUCCUCCAUUGUAAGAGAGAUUUCUCAGGCCAGACUGCUCUCCUUAAAGAAGAUUAAGAGCAGACAGAGCUUGACUCCUGGUGCAUCUGACAAUGAUGAACUGGAACAGAAGUUUGAUGAAGGAAAUGCUGAUUGCCAAACACUACAAGACAAUGGAGCUGAAGCGAAACUUGAUGCUACUGAUACAAAUGAAACAGAGGAGAAUGUUGAAAAGCCAGAAGAAAAAGAGGAGGUUGCCACUGAAAAUGGCAGAGAAGAAGGUGAUUUACCUAGCAGUGAAAACAAGAUGAAUAACCAGGAGACAAACGGUGAAAAAGAGGGGGGAGGUGGAGGAAAAACAGAAAUCGAUGGACAAAAAGAUGGAAAAGGAGAAGAC